UAAAUAUCUUUGCUGAGACUUUGAUACCAACGGUCGGCAAAAUGGCUGAGACGACGGCUGACUCUCCUGAAACGCUUGUAAACACAUUGACAAAGUUUAUUUUAACCGGGAGAAGUUUACUACAAAUUGCACAAGGAGAAGUCGUAACUGGAUCCUUGCAAGAUUUCAUUAGGAACAAAAUCAGUAUUGAGAGACCAAAAUCACUUCUGGGGUUGAUCGCAGCAGGAGCUGAAUUAUACAAAGGUUUAUCUGUGAAGAAGAAAAAGGAAGCGGAGGACCUUUGGGGCAGCAAGUUCCGCCAUGCAGAAGUAAGAGAGGUAGUAGAGGACCUUUUACAGCUCGGUGCCGACUGGGAUGCAUUCCUGGAGGGGCUGGACAAUGAGCUUCAACCAAGGAAUGAUGCUCUAAGCCAGACAGUGGCAGUGACCUCUCUGCCACCUGAGACUGUGUUCACGGAUGGCCGAACUGGGACUGAUGUGAGUUUAAGGAAAUACUUGGGGAAAGGCAGUAAAACCCUGCUGGUUUUAAUUCGGCAGUUCUCCUGCCUACUUUGCCGCCUCCAUUUCAAGGAGCUACAGGCCCGUCAGGAGGACCUAGAUCAGAGAUCCAUCCGAGUGGUGGUAGUUUCAUUUGGCUGCCAGGAGGGGGCACUAGAUUGGCUGAAGGAAACAGGUUGCCCUUAUGACAUGUUGCUGGACCCACAGAGGAAUGUGUACACUGCAUUUGGCUUUGGAGUGUCUCUCUUGCAAGUCUUGCGUUUUAACAACAUGCUUCAGUACUCUGAGUUUAUCCUCAGCAACCUUGAGUUCCCACGGCCGUUGCCAACUAUUCAGGAUGAUAUGUUCCAGCUGGGUGGCGAUGUUCUCCUGGAUGACUGUGGUAGAGUUCUCUUUUCACACAGCUGCACCAGCCCCUUGGACAGGCCAGGAGUGGACGACAUCCUAUCUGCCAUCAGUUAACCACUGUAAAUAAACAAGGAAGCAUGUCACAAUGUAAACCCAAUGUAAAAUUGAAAAUGCCAUAAACAUGGCAAAUAAAGGAUGACAAUGAUGCA